UUCCAUUCAGGCGGCAAAACGACACAGUUUUACUAUCGAUUCCGCACGCGCCGAUUCUUUUAUUAAUCAAUAGAGUUGCCGGCGUGCCACAACACAAAAGCUUUCAAGCUUUCGCAUUAAUUUUCCCCGCUAAGUUAGAAGGAGGGCUUUCGAUUAAACGAAGGCUUCAGGUGAGUCGGUUUUCGGCUUUUGAAGUGUUGGAUGUGCCGUUAUGGUUUAGAUGACGGAGGUAUACAGAAAUGAAGAAAACACGGUGAACAAUCGAGUCUCGACCAUAGCAUCGACAGCAGUGUGUACCAGUGAAGGGGCAUCAUUUUCCGUUUCGUCCGGCAGCGGAGGUGUGGCGCACAAUGGCGAAGCCCUUGUGGGUUUCCACGAGGACGCCUUGUCGCAAGCCGCCAUGGGAAAAGCACAACUUUUAUUGGCCAUCGUUCUGGGUUUAGGACUGGCAGCCGAAUGUUCGGAACUUACGAUUUUAAAUUACAUUCUUCCGGCUGCCGAGUUGCACCUUUGUAUUGACGAACACAGAAAAGGAUGGUUGGUUUCAAUUACAUUAUUGGCGAUGGCUGGCGGCUCUUUCGCGUGGGGUAUCCUCGGGGACCACUUAGGGAGGAGACGGGCUCUCAUAAGCGCUUUAUCGGUCGCCGGACUGUUCUCGGCCGUCGCUGCGGUUAUGCCCACUUACGGAACAUUUAUGACCGCAAGAUUUUGUUCUGGUUUGGGCAUAUCAGGAGCAUUUCCGUUGUCGUUUAGCUACUUGACAGAAACUUGUUCGAGGGCAACCAGAUCGCGUUAUUCAGGUAUCCUCCAUUCUUUGUGGCCUUUGGGAGCUGUCUUUACGUCAAUCAUAUCUUAUGUCACGAUGCCGUCACAGGGAGCAGAUAUAGUACAAGACAAUCGGGAACAUUGGAGCUCUUGGCACAAGUUCCUUAUUUUGAGCAUCUUGCCAAUCAUCGCCUGUAUCAUUGGUUUGAUGUGGGCUUCUGAGUCACCCAGAUAUCUGUUGGAGGCUUCCAGGGAGGUCGAAGCCUUGGCGGUGUACCAAAGAUUGCAUCGUCUGAACAAAGCGAGAACGCAGUACGGUCUUACAGAAUUGGAGUUGCCGGGGAGGAGCGCUUACAGGGAACGACCGGCCAGCCCCUCCAGAAACAUUUUCAGUCACGGCUUAAAUUCGUUUCGGGAGGCACUGCAACGCAUCUCAUCUCCAAUGCACUUUCGCACAACUCUGCUGUUAGCUGUCCUUCAUCUGCUCUUGGGUUUCACUUACAUGGGAGUGUCUACGUUCUCAUGGUCAUACAUAAAGCAACUAAGGGAUCAAGAAUACAAAUCAUCAAGACAAUUCGUCGAGAACGCCACUUACACCGGCUUGACGAUGAAUAGCACAAUUGAGAAUGUUCAGUACAAGAAUUCCGUAUUUCGGAACAUGAGCUUCACACAUAUGAGCUUGAACCACGUGGAGUUUUUGAAUUGCACUAUUGACGAAACUGAAUUCAUGAAUGUAAAAGCAUCAGUUUCCCGAUUCGAGGACUCGGUGAUAAAGAAUUGCAGAUUCGUGGAUACAGACAUAACCGAACACAACUUCAUAAAUUCUAUUUUGAUAAACAACACGUUCAUGGCAGUUAUAUCUGACUGUUUCGUCGACUUCGACUUCAAUAUCUACAUGGACGAUUUAUAUGAUGAAACUAUAGCGUGGUCCGGGACUAUGUUUCCGGUUCUGUUUCUGUUGGGCUUCAUUAUCGAAACUGUUACGAGACCGCCGGUGAUAAUCAGUCUGCUGUUAUUGGCCGGCAUUGCAGGAGCGGGAAUUUUCUUCUUAACAACGUCAGUCAUCGUAGAGACGAUCGAAGUACUAAUCAAAAUUUUUCUGAUGUGUGCCGUUAGCGUCGUCACACUUGUAGUUGUAGAGGCAUAUCCAUGUCAUUUAAGGUGUACUGCGCAUGGUUUGCUGCGCAGUUUGUUUCAUUUAGCGUCCCUUUGUGCCAUACCCAUAUACAACAUGCUGCUGCAUACAAUAUUAUUAUUCCCCGCUGUGAUUACCGUUUCCUUGACACUGUUUGCCGCCCUAUUAUCUUAUAGGAUACAGGAUAACAGCAAGGUUCUUCUUUAGAUCAAUCACGAUAUUUUAGAUAUAAACUCAGUGACAACACAAAGUUAUACUUGACUAAGGUAUUAGUUUGAUUUGUCGUUGGGUUUUUAGUACAUACACCACCUUAAUCGAGUUUAUUUAAUUUUAAGAUCUUUAUAUUAAAAAAAAAAUGCAAUAGUUAAGUGAUAUAUUUUUGAUAAUGCUAUCAGUAUUAUAGUUGGUACAUAUGGUGGAAGUUUACAUGUAUUAUAACAAGAAAAUGUGUUUUUAUAUAUUAAAAUUGGUUGUCUCUUUCAUAAAAAAUAAAUUGUCAUGCAAAAGGAAGAAGAAAUUCCAUAAAGAUCUUGAAAUACUUUUAAAUCGAUUAGUGAUCAAUAUUUCUCUUAUUGUAUUUUAGGGUAUGUCUGUGAUAUUCUUUUUUUAUACAUGUUUGUUCUUGGUUCUUAAUUUAUCAUCAAAAAUGUAUGUCAAUUGAGAGAGUAUUUCCGUAUUCAAUAAAUAAGCUAUUGCAUAUCAAAAAAUCUUAUAUGCCUGUUGCAUAGAAAUCAAAGUCAAAUUAUAUCAUUACCAUCCUUUUCUAAAGUAAUAAAUAUAUUAAUAGUAUCCCUAUGGUUAGUGAAAUUAUAAAAUAAAUUUGUUUUUAUUGUUGACAAAUAUAAGCUUGUACAUUUA